ACCUUACGGAAAGACUUGAGUUGACAGCGAAAACAAAAAUGGCGUCUGCUGAUAUGGAGAAAGGCUAUCAACAGGGACCUCCCCCUGUGUAUCCAGGCAUGGAUCCUCCAUCAGGCAACAUGCCACCCCCACCCUACAGCCAGGCUAUCCAUGACCCCACAGAGCCCCCGCCGACCUAUGAGUCCCUGUAUGGAAGAGUGAAAGCUGCCAAGACACAGUCUAGUGGAGUUCCCGACUUCCUCAAGAGAUUCGCCCUCCUCCUGGCAGGCACAAUUGGUUGCACCAUUCUGAUUGGGCUUUUCAUGGCCAUCCCUGUUGCUAUGAUUGUAAUGGGUUCAAUCCAUCUGGAUAACUGCCCUGCCGAGCGCUACAUUCCAAUAUAUCUGCUUGUUGCUGGUAGUGUGUGGUCAUUACAAAGUUUAAUGAGUUUAGUGAAGCGAUGUUGUUGCCAGAAAUCGGAGGAGACAGAAGGAGAAGAGGGAAAGAAGAAAACAAACCCAUGUGAGGCCAUCCUCAACACGUUCAUGUUUGCCUGGUUCAUCGCAGGUAAUGUGUGGGUAUACAGAACCCAUGGCCACUUCAGCUCAGAUCCGACGUCGCAGGACUACUGUGACCACACACUGUACUGGUUUGCAUUCUGGCUGAUCACAGCCACCUACAUCAUGUUCGGCAGCUUGUGCUGCUGCAUGACCCUCAGUGGCUGCAUCGCCAUGUGUGUCGACAGCAAGUAGACCGCAAGGAGACAGCAUCCUCCCAUCCUGAAGUCAGUGCUGUUGGUGCAUGGAAACAUUACCUCCGUGCCUGUCCAAGACUGGCAGAUAUCAGUGGGACUCUUGACAAAGUGUUUUUUUAGUGGAUGAAUUUCAGACCUGUUUGAAACUCUGGAAUGGUUCUGCUGACUUUAUAUGCCAUGAUAUACUAACAACUAACCAUUGGCAUGAUCAGUGGUGAAUUAUAAUCCUCAGCAGCCUAAAUAUGACUGUAAUCCAGCCAUAUCACUUCAACAAUUCUUGUCUUGCAGAUCAUCUUUAUUACCUACAGUGUAUUUAACAUGAGACAAACAGCUGAGAGAGAUACAAUGUUCAAAUUGAGUAUGAAAGUCAAGGGGUCGUUGUCCCAGCCCUGAUAUUUAAACGGACAUUAGAAUGUGCUUGGGAACUCCAGGAUAGUUCUUGUCAUCUUGCCUUUCGGGUGGAUUGUGUUGAGCUCAAAGGCCCAUUUAAUCACAUCAGUAUAUGUGGAGUUAUAUAUAUAUCAGUCUAAAGAGAGCAAUCAAGCCCGAAACUAGUUACUGUUACCUCAGAGAAUAUUCUUAGGUGUUAGCCCAACACACAUCAGCUCAUUUUCACCUAAUAUUUACAGUUACAACUGUAGUGUUUAUAUCCCCAGGUUCAACUAUCACAGAAAACCCCAAGGACCCCAGACCCCUUUAUUCAAACACUGGAAAUAGAGUUUGCUCUCUUCCUUUUCUUCAUCUUCAUCUUACACAGAAUGUGCGAGGCACUGCUCAACUCACUUACCCAAAGCAAUCUACCCAAUAUUUAAAGUAUUGUUUUGAUGAGUAGUUAUAUCUUAUUUAAUGUAGUGUAUUGUGUUAUCAUGAGUUCGGCAAGUUUUGAUAAAAACACUUUUUUCCCAGAAUUUACAAAUUAAAUCUGCUGACAUCUAUUAAUAUAUUCCAUGAAUAUGUAUGAUAAGUAAUCUUUAAUGAUUGACCAUGACAUCAGGUUUUGAUAUAACAGACUUCAAGGGACAAUAACUGAGUUUGUGAUUAUAUAGAAUUCAAUCUUCCUAAGGCAAGGUAGUUGACAGACUGGAACUAUUUGUUUUUCUAAUCCAUCCAAGAAAAUAGUCGCCUUAGUGCCCACAUGUGUUACGAAACAACUGGUACUUGUAUCAACACAUUAAAUUCACUGUCAUUUGUAAGCAUGCAUAUUUACAAAUUGCUGAUGUGACACUAGUGUCAGAUUACUUAGCUGAAUAUGCCAGCUAUAUUAUACUAUACUGUUCUGUAAUAUGAAAAUAAUAUCAUAUCAAUACUGGUAUGAAAUGCUGAAAAUAAGUGGUUGGAUCAGUUUUUACCGGAAAAUCUUAACAGCUGCUUAGAUUAUAACAAAUUAAUUUGUUCAUGAGCACAUGGUGUUCCACCUCUUUCAUGGAGGCAGCCAUUGUGGUUAACUACAAAAAGGCAAACUGGCUACUGGUUAACUGUAAAACUAGGACUGAUCCGAGUCUAACAAAUUAAAAUGAACACAGGUUUCUUCGGCUAAUGCUACACAAAUCCUGUGAUUUAGUUAAAUGAUAAUAAAAUAUUAUAUAUCAUAUGUUAUUCAAUCUAAUAUGAGGCUUCUUUACAGAUGGCAUUGUAUGGACACAGGUUUUUAGUCAGUUUGCCAUGAUGUACAGUCAGUGUUUGUGACUGUCUGAUGUUAAUCAGGGGCGUGGGGUAGCUUAGUGGUUAAAGCUGUUGCCUGUCACUCUGAAGGCCUGGGUUUGAUCCCCACAAGGGUACAAUGGUUGGAGCCCAUUCCUGGUGACCCCGCUGUAAAAGUUUUGGUUUUUUGCUGAAAGCAGCGUAAAACGAUACUCACUCAGUCACACUAAAUGGUGAUCCCUUGUGCCCUGAAGUGAUUGGUGCUCUCAGUAUGGCUGAUCAAUGAAGUCUCAGGGUUUUUUGAAGGAACUGUAAAUCACUGAUGGUGUCAGGUGCUUUGCAUUGGAUUAUGUGGUUAAUGUUUCUGUAGAAACAACAUCUAAUAUAAUGUUUCAGUUGAGAUGAUAAAUAAAUCAAGUCAAGUCUUGUGUCAGUAUGUUAAAGAAUACUGUAAAUGUUGGCCUUCUUAUUGUGUGACUGAUUCUGAUCAACGUUGUUACCAUGGCUACUGGCAUUAAACUCAUUGCAAUACAAUAGAUAAGUUUAUUAUCAACACCAUACAGUCAUUGGUGAUAACUUUUUUUUCAAUAAUUUAUUUUAGACUCUGAUUUUCAAAUUGCUUCAGUUUAGGAUUGGCAAAUCAAGAACUGCAAAAGUAACAUGCUUGAAGAAAAUAUCUUUUCUGGAUAUUCUGCCUGGAUAACUUUAUAAAAAAUAAUAAUGUAUAAUUGUUCAUUUUGCCUGAGGUCAGAGUCACUGAACAAUAAAAAUAACAUGCCCCUCAGUUUGUGAUUAAUAUUGGUCUCCAGGCCCUGAUUUAACAUGUGCCCCAUCAUUUUCUCUGGUGACAAGCCACUUGACUCCUAGUACUCAGUCAGACUGAAUCAGCCAUUGUUAUUUGUGUAUAUAUUACCAUGAUUAAGCGCCUACUACAUAUGCAGUAAUGGUAACAGUAUGGUUAAGGGAGAAGUCAGAGCAGCUUGAAAAUUAACUUUUGACCCAUAACGUUUCCAAUGUCAGUAUGUAUCUAUUUAUGCUAUAGUUGUCUCCCUUUAGUAAGUUAUACAAACUCCUCACAUAUAUCCCGUUUGCAGAGCUCUCUAUACUAUCGCUGCCACCAGUCAAAACUCCCCACAGUGAUAGAUGAUCACAUCCAUGCUUGGAGUUGAACUCACAGCCGAAUGACCGUUAUGUUUACAAACAACUGACGACUGUCGUGUCGCCGAAUACACUUACGCCUGCUAAAUUACUUUCUUUCUUUGUCAAUUUGAAUUUCUAUUUCAUUACAACUAUCAUGUAAUUGAUAUAGUAAGAAUGUAAGGGAGAAGUUAGUGGAUUUUCCAUUCGUCUGUAAUCUCGAACCAAUCUGAUUGAAGAAACAAAAAGGUAAAUUCAUCUGGGAAAUAUGGUCAGUCGUAAACCUUUUCAAACUUCACUAUGAUGGCAUUCCCAAAGACAUAAACAAAAGUGUCAACGUUACUACAUUUGGGGUUAGAGGGCAAAUUUCAAGUUUUUGUAAUUGACGCACCCACACUGGUGGCAGCGAUGUUACAGAGAGUGUAACAGAGGUGUCACGCGCUGGGAAGGAGCUUGAGUUAUAUAUUGUGUGGAAAUGUUCUUUGAUAAUGAAAUAGGAUAUUCUGCUUCAUAUGGAAAGCUGUACACACCAUGUUAUUUUGUCAUGUGCUGUUUAUGUAUAUAUAUGCAAUAUAGCUUCAGUGGUGAAUGUUGUGAAAGUUCUUGUGUGAGCCUUUAUUCACAGUGUGUCUUUUUGUAGAUAUUUGUGAUAUUUGAAGUGAUGUAUGCUCUAUUUUACAAAGGGAAUGGUUGUUUGCUCAUGUUAAGUGCUGGAAUAUGCUAACAACUGAAGACAUUGCCAAGGACAGAUUACCAGCUACAUCUGUGCCUUUUCACAUUACUCCAGGAGAAUAUUUGGUAAAUAAUUCUUGAUUUUCUAUUCUAUAGAUCACUUUGGAUGAUGAUCAUAAUGAUUACUAUGUUAUAAAAUAUACUAAACAAAAGAAAAGUUAGUGUUCAUGAAUAGUUUUGGGGAUAUUUUUUGUAGUGAUACUGUGCACACAAUUUGAUAAAAAUUAUCCCCUAAAAUAUUCAUGAUCCGUAACAUUUUUUUGUUCAUUAUCAUUAAACUUGUGUUCAACUGGACAUCAAUAUCAGAACCUAGGACUGUAGCAGUUAUGAGGGGGAUUGUUCUUUGAAAACAGUCCUAGCCAAUGAUCGUUGUCUACAUGCUCACUAAACUUCAUGCUAUGGUAUUUCUUUUUGGUAAUGUUUUUGUUGUUGUGUGUUUCCUGACCUGUACAUUCCAUUUAUUUUAAGCAUUAACACAUCAGUGUGUGCUUGUGUGACCUACGGACAUGAGUUCCCUUUAAGCAUUAACACAUCAGUGUGUGCUUGUGUGACCUACGGACAUGAGUUCCCUUUAAGCAUUAACACAUCAGUGUGUGCUUGUGUGACCUACGGACAUGAGUUCCCUUAAGCAUUAACACAUCAGUGUGUGCUUGUGUGACCUACAGACAUGAGUUCCCUUAAGCAUGGUAAAUGAAUCUCAAUAAAGUUGUUAUGCUCAAGACUUAAAAAUAUAUACUAAACAAAGCUCAAUUUUGUAUUUUGGUAACAGACCCAAAUAUUAAAGAGAUAUGAUAAGUUGAAAAUUUGUUCGAAUACACAUCACCAACUAUUUUGCCAUAUCCUGGCCUUGAUAUGUAUUUAACAGCUGCAACAUACAAUGUGCUGAUUAAGCUGUGGUUGUGACACAAAGUUGGGGACCAACCAUUUCAUACUCAGGCAUGGGGAGUUUGGAACUUCUGUGAGAGACAGAAUACUACUUCAUUACAUAAAAUGAGUUUUUGUGCAAUUUACUCUCCCUGAACAUGCUGAAUGUCAGUGUUUCAGCAUGUUCAGAAAAAUAUUGCAUGUAAAGCCAAAGGCGAAAUAUUAUUGUCUUCCAAGCCAUUCUUAUUUCUGUUUCUGAAAGAAGAACAUUUUUCAGGAUGUCCAGCAAUAUUAGUGUGUGUGUGUGUGUGUGUGUGUGUGUGUGGGUAAACUUCACCCCCACAACACUACAUCCCAAACCCCCACCACCCUCAGCCUGAAUAUGGAAUAGUCGGUCCCUUACAGUAUAUGAUGUAACAAUGUACAUUACAUUGUUACAUCAUUGUCAUCAGCUUUGCAUAAACUUAGGAUAACAUGUUCGUAUCGACUCCAUGUCUUGACGUGCACCAAUUUCUGCAUUCAUUAAUGUUCAUGCCUAUCCUACUAUUCAGAUAAAAAGUCACUAAGUUCAUUUGACUUCAGCACAAGUGUCUGUUGCAUGUUGGAUGCCUGUGUUUCUUAUACCACAUCAUGACGUUCAUUUCACAUCACAACAUGCACCCAGUAUGCACUUGCAGCAAAUGAUAAGUAUUCAAGGACAUUUCAUUUUUUGGAAUUCUCUAUAAGGGAUAAUGAAGUUGAGGAUUUCCCAAUCUUCACACUUGAAUUUACAACAGACAUGCCACAUUCCAAGGUAGACCAAUCAACUUUCUAAAAUGAUUAUGAACAACUUUUAAAGUGGUUGAUUCUCAUGUUAGCACUGGUCUAGGAAUUUACACGUAGUAAUCUUAAGAUUCAGACCGUUAAGAUAUUAAGAACUUUUUGUUCUGUCCAGCAGGAGAUAGCCAGAUGUUUGCAGAAAUGUUUUCAAUAAUGUGAUCAGUUAUUUCAUCAACUAUCAACAUCUUGUCACAUGAAUUAUCCAACAUCUUCAGGACAUGAUUUCGCCAGUGCAAGAAUACCUCAUGCAUGUUGUAACUAUAGUAACUGAGGAUCCGGUGGUCACAAUGGCUGCAGGGUAUAAAUAGUGUUUGGAUGACGACCACAUGGAAAAGCUGCUCUGGUAUCUGUGUCCUACUUGAUUCUGUGUCACCUUACCUCACUGAGCGCCCAGGGACCUGUCACACAGAGCCAUCUUAGCGCUAAGAGGAUUGUAACUCCCAUAUUACAGCAGUCGUAUCGCUAAGAUUGCUUUGUGGAGCAGGCCCAGUCCUGCUCAAGCUACCUUAUGUCAACCCAACUUACUCACUCACUUGUAAGUUUGUCUGUUGCUUUACAUGCUAUUCAUGUUCAAGAAAUAAUGUCUUGUUUAACAAGUGAAGUCAGAACAGAAACUGAUCCUGAAAUUGUUUGUGUAUAUAUGUAUUUCUGUUUUUUUAUGGAAUAUAUUUUGUAAAGCAACUGUGAGUCAAAUGUUCCUGUUUUGGUGUUGAAAGAUUGUGAAAGAAUUCUAAGGUUAAUUUACAUGCAACUAUUUCUAAGUUGUUAUGUUAUUAUAAAGAAUUAGCUCAAGUGUCCUCAACAAUGUGAUUAUGCUCCAUGGGAAUUUGUUUGAAGGUUUUUAGAUGUGUCCAAGUGUACAUUGACUUGCCUGUAUUGUCACUCGAUCUGAUUCUGUUAAUGCAGUGAGAUUACCUUUUUUGCAAUAAUAUAUUUAUAUGUAGUUAGAUAGAGAAAUAUGAAAUCAAUGUAUUGAUAUAUUUGUGCAUGUAGCUAGUGUAUCCAGUAUUAAUUUUUACAAUUCAAGGAAGCAGAGUAACAGGCUGUUGUACAAACUUCAUGUAAUCUUAACUAUUUCAGAGCCUUGUUUAUUAGGCACAUGGGGAAAAAAUAACUGUUUUCAUUGGUAAAUAUUCUAGAAAAUAAUUAGUUACUCAAACAUUGAUCAAACUCCUUGAUGUUCAUUAACUUUCUCACAGAAGUAUAUUUUCAUAAAAAUAAGAAUAAAGAUUUACCAAUUCUGAGAUUUGAUUUUAUCUACAGGCAACAUGAAGUCAGUUAAAAUCAUAAUGUUUGUGUGCUGAGGAUAUUACCUGCUUAUUACCUUGGUUUGAGCGUUUCAAGGUGAUUGUCAAGCAGAGUGGAGAAUUCUUUCACCUGAUUGGCUGAUGAUAUGCAUUGUGUAAGUCUCUACCGGGUAUACUAUUUUGAUGUGAAGCAUUGUGUAGGAGUGGUUUUAUAAUAUGAUUUGCAACAUCCGCACAUGUGUUAUUGGUGCUUCCUUUCAGGACUGCAUUAAGUAUUAUAUUGUAUUGUGUUGACCAUGUGACAGUCGAACAUAUGAUUUGAAAACUUCAAUAAAAAAUAAUCUUCAUUCAAAGCUGCGACUGAAAUAAGAAAGUCAUUUAUUAUUGCACGUUAUUUAACACCGUUGAGCCAAACCUAAACUGGUUGUAUCAGUGAUAAGUGAUGACAGAGUCAAAAAAGGAAAUUAAAGAAGUCAUAAGAACGAAGUUAUAAUAAGUAAUACAUUGUGAGUAGGAUGAAAUAUGCAACUUAUCUGAAGAACGAAUCCAAAACAUUCAGAUUAGGUACUUUGUGUUGAAAUGAUAACUUUGAAAAAAAGUCAAAAUGUAUGGGUAACAUGCUUUGCUGUUUAGAUAAUAGGUUGCAAGAUCAGUGACAGUCCCUAUUGUUUUAUGUAUGUCAAAACAAUUCAGUUCACAAGAAAGUUUCAUACUCGUUUUCUCAAUAAAUAUAUGUCAUAGAAAUGAGGGGGGGCACAGGUGGCCCAGUCAUCUAAGGCGCCGCGAUUCGCUGUGCAGAGUUGUGUCCUUUGGGCACGCCAGAAACCUAUGAUUGUGGGUUCGAAUAUCGGUUCGUCCUGACUGUGUUUCUAGGUUUGUCAGCACCAUACCUGUGCUUGUGGGUUUCACCGAAGUGGUAAACGUCUGAGACCUGCAUCACUUCGGGCUUUCCUCCCACAUUAAGCUGACACGCCGCGAUAUAACUUGAAUACUGUUAAAAGCGGCGUUAAACCCAACUCACUCACUCAUAGAAAUGAAUCUUCCAGGUCAUUGUGAAAUUGGUUUUGUUUGUAGGUAAUACCAGUGUUACACAGGUUACACAACUUAUUUUUUGCUGUGUGAAGCUUUCCAAGAUAGACUUUGUAGACUAUUCCUUGCAUGUACUAUGUGAAUAAAAUUAGUGUAGUAAUGAUAAGGCGAUACAAAGCCCACGAUACAAUAUAUUGAAUUACAACCCUGUAUCGAGAUACAUAGAAUACAUUAUAUUACAAGUUAUGUUCGUGUAAAACACAUGAAUAUUAACAGAUUAGUUAUUAUCAGUUUUUGAACAGUAAAUCAGUGAUAGGCUUUGGUAAUGUCCUCUCAACUUCUUUGUAAUAAAAACAUUAAAGAGUUGGGCAGUGUUUGUCAUGUUAUAAGCUUGUGGUUCACCCGCAAAAAGAAUAAAUAUCAAUAAAAGUACUGUAUUGGGAUACAAAUCGUGUCACAGUAUUGGGAUACGUAUUGUAUUGCCACCCCACCAUUUCGUUACACCUCGAGAAUAGAUCUUCAGAAGGCCAGACCAGUAGCUUUCUACAAAAUAAGUAGUUGUUCUAUGAAGAUACAGGAUUAGGGAAUAGGGCUGUUUCCAACACUGUACAAGUGUUCAUGCACAGAUAAAUAUAUGUAUGCAGGCGUAAGUAUUGGUCACGUGGUGGCACAUGGUCCUAUGUUCAGGGCACAGGUCACAAAUCAGAUGAAGUUAAGCAACCUUGGUCGCAGAGAGUAGUUGGAUGGGUGACUGUGUUCAGCUAGAGUCCUGCGAGUUUCUGGGGCUUAGGUCCUGCCCAAACUGAAGCACAUGUAGCACGUGUGUCCUUAGGGAAGUGACUGUUUCAAAUAUGCCUUCAUUCAUUUUGCAGUAAAAACGGGUACCCGGUAGGAUGAGAUGGGAAUGGGACUUAACCUUCUAGCGUAUGACAAGGCAGUUUGGGUUGUAUACUCCCCAGGGACCUGAGAAUGAAAAUCGAGUUCACACUGAUGGAUUGACCGAUGUAAUAAUGUUAGCGCUUUGAGCAUGCACUGAUUCUAUGGACACUAGUGCAAUAUUAAUAUACAUAUUAUGUUAUAUAUAUUAGAAUAUUGAAUGUACAAGGGUAGAUAAAUCUAAAUAGGAACAUACAAUGUAUUGUCUAGUGGAAAGAAGAAUGUCUGGUAUGAAACACUAUGAAUACAAUGGCUGGAAAUGUUUUAAGCCUUUCAUGGUCAGAUGGAUGGACAUGAGCCUUCUUGUACAUAGAGAACUUCUGUAUAAUCCUCUACAUGUGUUAUAGUGACCGUGUUGUCAACUGUGUAUUGUACAUAAGAUCUGUAUGUUUUAUUCUGUUGAUAGGUAUAUUCUCUGCAAUAAUUUGAAUAAAAUAUCUGUUUACAUUUAAGUGUU